AUGUCACCGAGCAAAGAGUACAAGGAUUCCAGGUACUCGAAUGCUAACGAAGAGGUAGAGGAGUAUCAGGGUUUUGAUGAUGCUGCUGACAAGUCGAUUAGAGAAUUGGCUCGUACCAUCACCAAUACCAGUAUUAACAUGUCUAAAACAAAAAGCAGUGAGGACCUCAUUAGAUACUUGAGUCAUAUGUCCCAGGUUCCUGGUGUUGAACCCUACAAUCAUGAAGAAAUUGAGGAAAGUCUCAACCCAGAAUCUGAUAUGUUUAAUGCCAAAUUUUGGGUGAAAAAUGUCAGAAAGUUGUUUGAUUCCGACCCAGAUUAUUACAAGCCCACAUCGUUGGGAGUGGCUUACCGUGACUUGAGAGCCUAUGGUAUUGCUACCGACUCCGAUUACCAACCCACCGUUACUUCUGCUUUGUUCAAGCUUGGUAAAGAUUACAUCAGAUCGUUGAGAAAGCAAGAUCCUUCGAUCUACUUUGAUAUCUUGAAAAAUAUGGACGCUAUAAUGAAGCCUGGUGAAGUCACCGUUGUACUUGGUAGACCUGGUUCGGGUUGUUCCACCUUGUUGAAGACAAUUGCUGCCCACACCUACGGUUUCCAUCUUGGAGAAGAGAGUAAAAUCACCUAUGAUGGUUUGACCAUGAAGGAUAUCGAGAACAAUUUCCGAGGUGAUGUGAUCUACUCUGCAGAAACCGAUGUUCAUUUUCCUCAUUUGUCGGUGGGAGAUACUUUGGAGUUUGCUUCUCGUUUGAGAACCCCUCAGAACAGAGGUAAUGUCGAUAGAGAAACCUAUGCUAAGCACAUGGCUAGCGUCUACAUGGCCACCUACGGUUUGUCCCACACUCGUAACACUCACGUUGGUAACGAUUUCAUCAGAGGUGUCUCGGGUGGUGAACGUAAGCGUGUGUCGAUUGCCGAGGUUUCUUUGAGUGGUGCUAACUUACAAUGUUGGGAUAACGCUACCAGAGGUUUGGACUCUGCCACAGCUCUUGAAUUUAUUAGAGCAUUGAAGACUUCUGCCACCAUUCUUGACUCUACACCUUUGAUUGCUAUUUACCAAUGUUCGCAAGACGCAUACGACUUGUUUGACAAUGUGGUUGUGUUGUAUGAAGGUAGACAAAUUUUCUUCGGUAAGGCAGAUGUUGCAAAGAGCUACUUUAUGGAAAUGGGAUACGAUUGUCCUCAACGUCAAACCACCGCUGAUUACUUGACAUCAUUGACCAAUCCUGAAGAAAGAGUGGUGUUCCCAGGUUACGAAGAUAAGGUUCCAAGAACAUCAGUAGAAUUUGAGGAAUACUGGAAAAAGUCUCCACAAUACGCUGCUUUGAUCAAAGAAAUUGAUGAACAUAUGGCUAAAAUUGAAGGUAACAACCAUAAAGAGGUCUACCACAACUCGCAUGUUGCCAGACAAUCUAAUCACAUUUCUCCAAGAUCUCCUUACACUGUUUCUUUCUUCAUGCAAACCAAAUAUAUCAUGCAAAGAAACAUCAUGAGAUUCAAGGGUGAUCCUUCGAUUCCUAUUUUCUCCGUUUUUGGUCAGUUGGUUAUGGGUUUGAUUAUUUCUUCCGUGUUUUACAAUCUUAACCAAACUACUUCCUCCUUUUAUUACCGUGGUGCCGCUAUGUUCUUCGCUGUGUUGUUCAAUGCCUUUGCUUCCUUACUUGAGAUUAUGUCUCUUUUCGAGGCUAGACCCAUCGUCGAGAAGCAUAAGAAAUACGCUUUAUACCGUCCAGCUGCAGAUGCUCUAGCGAGUAUUAUUACCGAGUUGCCUGUGAAGUUGACGAUGUCCAUGUCAUUCAACUUUGUCUUUUACUUUAUGGUCAACUUUAGACGGAACCCAGGUCGUUUCUUCUUCUACUGGUUAAUGUGUGGUGUUUGUACCUUGGUUAUGUCUCAUAUGUUCCGUUCUUUGGGUGCCGUUUCCACUUCUUUGGCAGGAGCUAUGACUCCAGCAACUGUCAUUUUGUUAGCCAUGGUUAUCUACACUGGUUUUGUCAUUCCUACCCCUAAAAUGUUGGGAUGGAGUAGAUGGAUCAAUUACAUCAAUCCUGUCGGUUAUGUUUUCGAAGCAUUGAUGGCUAAUGAGUUCAGUGGACGUGAUUUUGAGUGUGCUCAGUUUGUUCCCGCAGGUGGACCAUACGAUAGUGUAUCAUUGGAAGAAAGAGUUUGUAACACUGUUGGACUGCGUGCUGGUACAACUCUCGUGCUGGGAACCCAAUAUCUUGCUGAACAAUAUGAGUACUAUAACAGCCACAAGUGGAGAAACUUUGGUAUUGCUGUUGCAUUUGCGAUUGUCUUUUUGUUUGUCUACAUUUUGUUGACUGAGAUUAACAAGGGUGCUAUGCAGAAGGGUGAAGUUGUUUUGUUCUUGAGAGGAUCCUUGAAGAAACACAAGAGAGAGAACGCUGCUAAAGCAAGCCAUGCUAAAGAUAUUGAGGCUGCCCCAACCGACGAAAAAGUGGAAAUGAAGGAUCAUUUGGACUCCCAGAAGUACAGUACUGACCACUCUUCUUCUAACAUCUUACCAGAAAACGCCAACAUUUUCCACUGGAGAAAUCUCACCUACGAAGUUAAAAUCAAGUCUGAAACCAGGGUGAUUUUGGAUCACGUUGACGGAUGGGUCAAGCCUGGUCAGUUGACUGCGUUAAUGGGAUCUUCCGGAGCUGGUAAGACCACUCUCUUGAACUGUUUGUCCGAACGUGUGACCACUGGUGUUAUUUCUGAUGGUGUUAGAAUGGUCAAUGGUCACUCAUUGGAUUCCUCGUUCCAGAGAUCCAUUGGUUAUGUUCAACAACAAGAUUUGCACUUGCCAACAUCUACAGUUCCGUGA